AUGGCCACUUUAAGCAACAAUACCACCAACGAGAAUCAGCCUUAUCCCACCGAAUUACCACAGAUUCAAGAGGAAUAUGAAGACGAUCAUGAUAUGCUAAAGAAGAAAUACGAAAACAUGUCGUUUGAUGAAAUGUCGCAGCGAAUGGCAGAGAGCAACCGACAGAUUUCAGAGAUGCUGAGCUCCACCACAUCAGCCUCCUCUGCACACUCUUUGGACGAAGAUUUUGAAGUGGAAGAAGAAGAAGAAACAGACCAAGACAGCAAGAAAUGGACGACACUCUUCGCUCGUGCUGCUUCCAACGGCGACGUAACAAAAGUCAAGGAAAUGUUGUCAGACGACAGCAUAAGACAGCACAUUGAUAUCAACGCCAGAGACAAUGACGGCACACCACCGCUCAUCUACGCUGCUUGCUUUGGCAAGACGGAAAUAGUAAAAAUCUUGAUAGAAGCAGGAGCCCAAAUUGAUGUGCAAGAUAGCUUUGGUUGGUCAGCGUUGAUGUGGGCCACGAAUAAUAGUCAUGAAGCUCUCGUCAAGAUUCUGCUAGAGCAUGGCGCUUCGUCUCAGACAAAAUCAGCCAAGGGAAGAACCGUGUUCGACUUUAUCAACACAGACAACCAGAAAAUCAUCGAGAUUCUAGCCACAAAUCCUCGUGAUAGCGUAUCGUCCACAUCGAGCCUAUUCUACAGAACCACCAGCAGUGUGUCUUCAUCUACAUCCAGCACUGAGAAUGACUUUUACUACCAAUCCACCGUCGAGGGCUUCAACAACUUUAUGUCGGAGGAAGCAGAAUUACGACAAAAGCUGUUUGAGUCUACCAUGCAACUCGAUUUCGACGAUACAGAUUCGAUUGAGCACAAUCCUGCAGAACAAGACGAGGAAGACGACGACGAUGGACAGUUUGACGAAAGCCAGUUUCACUGGGACAAAUGCUCUCCUGAUCAAAUGUUUGUGUUUAACUCGGACGAUUUGGACUCGAUACUCGACACCAUCAUCACUCACCUCCAAUUGCCACUGGCCAAACAACAGGACAUUUGUGUGCCUACCAACAUUAUCUUUCUCAGCGCUCGGUUUGCUCACUAUUUCUCCAGCUUUGAGCUGCUGGAACAAGUGCUGGAAGGUGCAUUAAGUCGAAUUGGAAAGGCAAUCAAGAUCAAUGCGCGCAACAUUCACGUUUUGGCUUUUUGGAUCACCAAUUUAACGCAAUUGCUAUUCUACCUCAAAAAGGAUGCUGGCUUGGUUGUGGCUACUGCCGAGCAGCAAUUGCGCUUAUCCGAAUUGAUAUCAGAAACUUACAACUUGAUCAUCCAAGACACAACUAAGAGACUCGCCAAAGUACUGUGUCCAGCCAUGCUGGAUCACGAGGAGAUCCCUGGCAUGGAUCAAGUCGAUUUUACAGAUGAUUGGCAUCGCUUCUUUCGAAAGAGCGCAAGACGUUCAGUCAUCAUUGCUGCUGAUGGUGGGGUGGCCGUCUCUACAGUAACGCCUCAGUCCAUUACAAGUUUGCUAUCGUCCACUCUAUUUGUGCUACAAUCCUACGACGUUCAUCCUAUCAUCAUUAUACAAGCCAUGGCCCAAUUCUUCCACUACAUGUCAUGUGAGCUGUUCAACCGUAUUUUGACUAACAAGAAGCUGCUGUGUCGCUCCAAAGCAAUGCAAGUCCGUAUGAAUUUCUCGCAUUUAGAGGACUGGAUAUCCGUCAAUCGACUCCCGAACCAUCUGGUUAGCUAUCUCAACCCUACAAUUCAGCUGCUCCAACUCCUGCAGUGCCUUACGCAACUCGAGGAUCUUGUUGAUUUCAUCAAUACCAGCAAAAAAUUUGAUGCAUUGAAUGCACCUCAAGUCAAAAGAUGCGUAAUCUCAUAUCGAUACGAGGUGAAUGAGCAACGCAUUCCUGAAGAAAUUGAAAAAUAUGCUAUGCAAUGCGCCGAAGAUACUGUCAGACACAAACAAAGAAAGCAAUCCAUGGACAAAGCAAGAGCCUUGCCAAUGUCUCGCACGCAAAGCCAAAAAGUGUCGAGGCGCCAAAGUAUGUCUCACUAUCUCGGUCUUAGCAAAAGUGGCCCUUCAACACCACUGUCUGAGGAAUUACCGCCUAUUGUGGACGAACCGUCAGUAGUUCACGAGCACAACGACGACGACGACGACGAGCAAGAAGUGAAUGUCCAAGAAACAAAGGACACCAAAUUUAUGCUGCCAUUCUCCAUCCCAACCACCGCUCAUAUGACUUCGUCGCAUUGGGAUGCUAAAUCACCCCACAAUCAAGACACCCACACCAAUACACAUUCUAUGAUACCAAUUAUACCAGAAGAAUGGAUGGACAAAUUGGACAAACCACAAGCCCAGCAACAGCAAUCUGUAACAUUAUAA